AUGGUGGCCCGGGAUCAUGCAGAGAGACUCCGGGUAAAGAUUGAGUUUGAUGGCCUUUUUUAUAUUGACAAUGUAGGAGUGAGAGGUGGUAUGGCGUUACUGUGGAGGAAAAACAAUACGGCUAGCUUGUUGGGUUACUCAAAGAACCAUGUGGAUGUAGAGGUGUGUAUGCCAGGAUUUGAUAAGUGGAGAAUGACGGGGUUCUAUGGAUUUGCACAGCGGUGGAGGCGGAAUGAGUCAUGGGAGCUUAUUAGAUCAUUAUCACAUCGAUCUCAGCUACAAUGGGUCAUGAUAGGGGAUUUCAAUGAUCUCCUGUAUCAGCAUGAAAAACGAGGGGGGAAUCCGCAUCCAGAGGCGCUUUUACGUGGCUUUGGAAAAACCAUUGAUGAGUGUGGUUUAGCCCAGUUGCCAAUGCAGGGAUACCCGUAUACAUGGGAGCGGGGUGAAGGGACUGUGGACUGGAUUGAAGAGAGGCUGGAUAAGGUGCUGGUAACACAGGAAUGGCGUGAGGUGGUUAGGGAUGCCAGUGUUUUAAACAUUCUGACCCGACGCUCAGAUCAUUCUGCUCUUUUUCUUGGGAUUCUAAAUCCUCGGGAGAGACGGAAUGGAAUGAGAAGAAGGUUCCGAUUUGAGAUGGCAUGGCUGCAUGAUGAGGGUUGCAGGGGGGUUGUAGAAAGGACAUGGGCAGAAGGGAGGAAUAAGGGGCUACAGGGUUGUAUUCAACUCUGUGGAGAUAGAUUAUCACGAUGGGGAGGAGAUCGAUUUCAUAAGUUUGGUGAGCAAGCGAUGAAUCUUCGUAAACAGCAGUUGCGUUUACGGGGGUGUAUGGAUCAGGCAUCGUUAGCAAAAUACCAGCGUUUAGAGGGGUGUCUGGCUCAAAUUGAAAUGCAGGAAGAUGCGUAUUGGAAGCAAUGGGCAAAACAACACUGGCUAAAGGGAGCAGAUGCAAAUACGAAAUUUUAUCACAGGUAUGCUUCUCACCAUAAAAAGAAGAAUACACUUGUUAAAAUUAUGAAUGAUGAUGGGGAUUGGGUAGAGGGGGAGGCUAUGGGAACUGUUAUAAUUGAUUAUUACAGACGUAUCUUUGCUACGGGUCAGUCUGAAAAUGAUGUGGAGUUUUAUGCAAGUAUUUUCCCCCAAGUGUCACAAGCACAGAAUGAUGGCCUGCUACGGCCGUUUGACAAAACAGAGGUCAAGGCUGCGUUGACAGCCAUGUUUCCUGAUAAGGCGCCAGACCCGGAUGGAAUGAAUCUGGGCUUUUAUCAGAAUUAUUGGGAUGUGGUGGGAGAAGAUGUGUCAGAAUUUAUUGUGAAUUGCCUGAAUACUCGUACUUUUCCAGCUGAAUUGAAUGAUACUGAUAUAGUUUUAAUUCCCAAGAAAAAGAAUCUGGAGUUGGUCUCGGAUCUCCGGCCUAUAGCGCUGAGUAAUGUGAUCUAUAGAAUCAUGGCUAAGAUGAUCUCGGCUAGAAUGAAACCACUUAUGAAUGAAAUUAUUUCUGAUACGCAAAGCGCAUUUAUACCUGACAGGCUGAUAACAGAUAAUAUUCUGGUUGCUGCGGAAGUUGGUCACUUUUUAAACAGAAAGCAGUGUGGUAUGACUGGAUGGGGUGCAUUAAAAUUAGAUAUGGCGAAGGCAUAUGAUCGUAUGGAAUGGUCAUUCCUGCGUAAUAUGUUGAUAGCGUUGGGAUUUGAUGCUAGGUGGAUGGACUUAAUUAUGUUAUGUGUAACCACUGUAUCUUAUAAUAUUUUGCUGAAUGGCUCUCGUAGUCUGCCUAUUACCCCGACUCGUGGACUUAGACAGGGUGAUCCUUUACCCCCGUACCUUUUUAUUAUCUGUGCUGAAGGUCUAUCACUGCUAUUACAACAGGCACAGUCUCAGGGAAGAAUUCAUGGCUGUAGAGUUGCAAGAGGUGCACCACCUAUAUCCCAUCUGCUUUUUGCUGAUGAUAGUUUGUUGUUUUUUAAGGCAAAAAUUCAGGAAGCUGAAGUGAUUAAACAGUGCUUAACACGGUAUGAAAGAUUAUCUGGCCAAGUAGUCAAUUAUCAUAAAUCAAACAUCUGUUAUAGUAAGAAUACGAGAGAUGAUGACAGGAAUGAUGUGGCGCAUGUCUUAGGUGUGGACCAAGCUCCCAAUUAUGGGAAGUAUUUGGGGUUACCCUCUUUUAUAGGGAGAAAUAAAAAGACAGCUUUCUCGUAUAUUGAGGACAAGAUCAGGCAAAGGAUCGUAUCCUGUAAUAAGAAACUAUUAUCACAGGCUGGUAAGGAAGUUUUAUUAAAAAGUGUGGCUCAAGCUAUGCCUACUUUUUCAAUGAGCGUUUUCUUAUUACCAAUGGGGAUAUGUACAGCCAUUGAGCGAACCAUGAAUCGUUACUGGUGGGGAUCUGGGAAUGACCGUGGCAUCCAUUGGAAAGCCUGGGAUAAGAUGUGUAUACCAAAGAAGCAUGGGGGUUUAGGAUUCAAGGAGCUACAUGCUUUCAACCUGGCAAUGUUGGGUAAACAAGCAUGGCGAUUACUCACUAAGCCUGAGUCUCUAGUUUCAAAAGUUUAUAAAGCCAGAUAUUAUCCUAAAGGGACUUUUUAUGAUACAUGUGUGGGGAAUAACCCGAGCUUCUGUUGGCGCAGUAUUAUGGCAGCCCAUGACAUGGUAUGUAGGGGGAUUAGAAGGAGAAUUGGAAACGGGGAUACAACUUUAAUAUGGGACCAUCCAUGGUUACAGGACCAACAUGAGCCAAAGAUUCACACAGAAAAGCCUGUGCACUUGAAUGGUGCGACUAUCAAGGGAUUAAUAGACCCGGAAACACAUACUUGGGAUCCGAAUAUAUUGACAGAUAUUUUUGACCCCAUUGAUAUACCCCGGAUCUUAAAAAUACCAAUAUCACCAAACUAUGACGAUAUGUGGUAUUGGUAUGGGGACCAGGGAGGAAACUAUACAGUAAAGAAUGGGUACAUGGCUAUUAUUGGAGAUUAUGGGCAUGCUACGAGCAAUUUUGAUAAUUGGCUAGGCCUAUGGAUACUUAAAAUACCUCCCAAAUGGAAAACUUUCUUAUGGAGAGCAUUGAAUGAUAUUCUCCCCACUACGACACUAACCAAAUUAUCCACGCAGCUGCAAUCCUAUAUUACAUUUGGAGAACCAGAAAUGGAGCGGUGUGGGAUGCAUGCCUACCACGUCCGCAAAGAGUGA